UCCAUUUACUGUUCUUUUUCUGUGUUAAUUGUAAAACUUAAAUUUAAUUUGAGGUAAAAUUGUUUCGUACGUAGAUAAUGAUAUUGGAACAGAAAGAGGUUAAACUAAUGUAUCGACAAGAUCUAACACUGAUGUGAUAGACAGCUUGAUUGAACACACAUUCAAGCCAGCUUUCAACACUAUGAAUAAUCAUUAGUUAAAUGUUGAUUGGGAAACUAAUUUCAUUUGUUCAAACAGUUUAUCAUUAACAUCAAAUGUUACUAACGUAAGCCAAUGUUCAAGUCACCCAGCUAAAGAUCUGCGACAUUUAAUGUUUACCUUUUUGGUACAAAUCGAGUCUUGAUCUUUCGUUUAUUACGUAUUUCUUUCGUUAUGUUGAUACAUUCAAACAUAUUGAAAGUUAUUGGAAAAAUUUUGUUAGUUUAAUCAUUGAAGGAACAAUUGAAAUGCAUUAUGGCUUUUCAAUUGUCAACAAUAGUGUUAAUUGUCUUACAAUUUCAGUUGAGUUUAACUGAUCAUUGUAUUAAAAGGUACUUCAAUCAAAAUUCAUUUGUUUGUGCUUGUGAUACUCGUUCAUGUCCACCAAUACCGGGAACAACCCGACCUCCAAAGGGAUACCUUGAUCAAUGGGUUUCUUCACGGACUCAACAUCGUUUCCACUUGACUCGAGUCAACCUCAACCAUUUAACCAGACCAUUAUACCCUCCAUCACUUGUAGUCACAUUGAGAUCGAAUGAUCGCAGGCAGACUAUCCAUGGCUUUGGCGGGGCCUUCACUGAUGCUGCGGGACUAAAUUUACUCACGUUACCCAUGGAUUUGCGAGAUCAAAUAAUGAAAGAUUAUGUCUCAACCCAUGGAAUAGAUUAUGCAAUUGGUCGAGUCCCAAUUGCUGGAACUGAUUUCUCUUCUCGAGUCUAUACCUAUGAUGAUAACAAUGAUGAAGAAGAUUUAGAAUUGAAAAAUUUUGCACUUCAACCUGAGGAUACAAAUUUAAAGAUUCCAAUGAUUAAAAGAGCCUUAGAACUAAAAAAUGGUCCUUUUAGAUUGAUUUGUAGUUCUUGGUCCUCGCCAGGUUGGAUGAAAACCAAUAACAAUAUUACUGGAAGUGGCUUUCUCAGAGGAAUACCAGGUGGACCUUUUUAUAAAGCUUGGGCCAGAUAUUUAGUUAAAUUCCUUGAUUCUUACGCUAAAGAGGGAGUCGACUUUUGGGCGAUAACAACUCAAAAUGAGCCAACUCAAGCUAUUGAAAAUGAAGACUUUUUUUACAACAAUCUCGGUUUUACACCAGAAAAUUUGCGAGAUUGGAUUAAAGAUGACUUAGGUCCUGAACUUGAAAAGUCUGGUUAUGGAAGAGAUAAUCUUAAUUUACUUCUUUACGAUGACGCCAGAGAAUAUCUUCCUAAUUACACUCAAGUUGUUCUUACAGAUGAAACAGCUGCUUCCUUCGUCAACGGCGUUGCCUUUCAUUGGUAUAAGAUCGACAAUCGACCACGUUACAAUGAACUCAAUGUGGUUCAUGACAAAUUUCCGAAUCAUUUUCUCAUUUCAACUGAAGCAUGCGAAGGUUAUGAAAGGUUUAGCACUAGAAGAGCUCAACUUGGAAACUGGACUCGAGCCGAAACUUAUGCCAUAGAUAUAAUUGAAGAUAUUAAUCGUUAUACCACUGGAUGGCUUGAUUGGAAUCUUGUUCUCGAUUUAAAAGGAGGUCCUUCAUGGGCAAACAAUCCGACUGAUGGUUUAAUACUUGUGGACACUGAUAGAAAAAUUUACUAUCGUAAUCCAAUGUUUUAUUCAUUGGGACAUUUCUCCAAGUUUAUCCCACCAGGUUCAGUGUACAUUGGCCAUCAAGUUCAAGGUAAUUCUCGAGGAGUUUAUUUAGCAGCUUUUGAAGAUCCAAGUAACCAGAAGGUUAUUGUUAUCCUCAAUACAAAUGAUAAUCCAGUUAACCUGGUUAUCAACAAAUUUGCUUCAGUUUCAGUUCCAAUAACUUUGGAUCCACACUCAAUCAGAACAUUGAUAACUCCUUCCAGCAAUGUCAGUUAACUGUUAUUGUUGAUAGGAAAAUAAUAUUAAAAAAACUUUGCUCAAUCAUUUCA